AUGGCACAGUUUGAGUUGGGCAGAGAGUGGCUUGUUAGCGGGCUCGUCGCGCUUCUUGCUGUAGCGGUAGCUGUUGCGCAGAAGGACGGACAGAGUUAUGUCUUGUCUGAAUCUCAGAGAUGCCUAGUUGAAGCUCCUGACCGGAUCGCUUGCGGUGAACCGAACAUUGACGACGCUGAGUGUGCUGCCAUGGAUUGCUGCUUUGACGGGCAGCAGUGCUACUACGGAAUGGACGUGACGGUCCACUGCACGAGGGACGGUCAGUUCGUGGUCGUGGUGGCCCGGGAUUCCACUUUGCCUCCGCUGAGUCUCGACUCCGUCAGCCUGCUGGAAGGAGACAAUGUGCCAGCCUGUGCUCCUGUUGGCAUCACGGCAGCCUUCGCAGUCUUCCAGUUCCCGGUCACUGCUUGCGGGACUACAGUGAACGAGGAAGGUGGCUACGUGGUGUAUGGGAACAAGAUGGUGUCGUCCUAUGAGGUUGGGGUCGGACCCUUUGGCUCCAUCACAAGGGACAGUCACUAUGAACUGUUCUUCCAGUGCCGGUAUCUGGGCAGCGAUGUGGUUUCCCUGGUGGCUGAUGUGAACACGCUUGCCCCGCCCUCCCCAGUAGAUGAUGAAGGACCCCUCCGAGUGGAGCUCAGACUGGCUAGUGGACAAUGCGCCACAAAGGGAUGCAGUGACGCAAAUGCGUACGAGUCCUACUACGGUGAGGCUGACUACCCUGUGACCAAGGUCUUGCGGCAGCCUGUGUAUGUGGAAGUGCGUAUCUUGGAGAGGACCGAUCCCAACAUCGUCCUGAUGCUGGAACACUGCUGGGCAACUUCCAGCCCCAGCCCCCUCAGCCUGCCCCAGUGGAGCCUUCUGGUUAAUGGGUGUCCCUACCAAGACGACCGCUACCUAACCACCUUGGUCCCUGUGGACAGCUCCUCUGGCCUUCCGAACCCCACCCACUACAAGCGGUUUGUCGUCAAGAUGUUCACUUUUGUGGAUGCCGCUUCCCUGGCCCCCCUGAUGGAGAGGGUGUUCAUCCACUGCAGUACAGCUGUGUGCUACCCAUCCGCUACCGACAGCUGUCAGCAGAGCUGCGGCAGGCAAAGGAGAGCUGCUCCUGAUGCACGGGACUCCAAGGACACGGUUAUGGUUUCCAGUGGUGAGCUGAUCCUGACCGACUCGGAGCGCUCGGUUUCUGACAUGAGGGUUUCUGAAGUGCCCCAGCUCCUCAACUAUGCCCUGCUGGGAGUGGCUGCCUCGGUUGUGCUUUCGGUCUUUGCCCUGGUGCUAGCUGUCGUGUGGAGAACAAGACCUCAGCUGGAGACCAUGAAAUUGUGA